AUUUUGGUAUAAAUACCACAGAUGUUUGGAAUAGUCUUCAGUUUAAAAAAAAUCAAACAACAUGAAAGUUCUCAUUGUGCUGCUUGCCCUGGUGUGCGCCGUUCUAGCCAUUCCCCACGGUGGAUACGGCGGACAGCCGGGAGGAUAUGGAGAUCCUUACGGAGGUUUUGGCGGACAGGGAGGAUAUGGAGGACCGCAGGGAGGUUUUGGCGGAAAUGGAGGAUUUAAUCAAGGAGGAUAUGGUGGACACAAUCAGGGCGGUUAUAAUGGAGGAUAUGGACCAGGAGGUGGAGUUGGUGGACACCGUCAGGGAGGUUAUAAUGGAGGAUUUGGACCAGGAGGUGGAUUUGGUGGACACAAUCAGGGCGGUCACCAUGGAAAUCAUGGACAUCAUCAUGGCUACUAAACUUUUGUAAUAAAUCAAUAAAAAAUAAAUAUAUAUAAUUUCAAAUUAAAAA